AUGGGCGUCGUUGAAGAAGUCUACACUGGUCCAGUGUCUAACGAACGAUAUGAGAAGAACUCUCGUGUAGUUGAGAUCUCGUUGGAUCAAAAGGAAGCGUUUUAUUCUCGGUUCGGGCACUCAUAUAAUGGUGACAAUGCGGAUCCUGUCAACAAGAAUUUUGAAUUUGUUUGGCAAAAGGCUUUAGAAUUGUCAUACCAAGAAGCUAUUGAUAUUUUAACAGAAGCAGAAGAAUAUCAUGACACCGACUCAAACUUGAGUCAUGAGCUCAGCACCAGAAUACACUAUAAUCUCACCAAUGAGAAAGCAGCAGACGAAAUGGAAGUAAAAUCUGAUGCUGCUAUGAUCAGAUAUUGGUCUCCUUAUGCUGAGGUGAGGUCCGUGACUGACCCUUAUGAUGAUCAUGACGCCCCCAUUGAAACUAUUAGGUAA